AUGAAGGCUCUAGCAGCUGCUGUGCAUGAGGUGGUCAACUACACACCCUUCCCCCUGGACAAACCCCCUCCCAACUACACCGAUAUCUUCCUGGAGAACAUCAAGCCUGAUUGCAAGGAAUUGGCAGACUACUUCAUAGAGAUCACUGACUUUCCGGAGUGGAAAUGUGUCGACUUGUAUUGGCCACUGCAUCUGUUAACGUACCCAUGGUUCAUAGAGGAUCCAAAGGUCCAGGAGCUGCUCACUGGGAAAGACAAAUUUGACUUAAUAUUCAUCGAGGGGACAACAGUACAUGAGCACACUCUCGUAAUGGGGAGAAUAUUCAACGCUCCAAUCAUAUCGCUCCAAACGUUUGCCCUGAACAAUUUUCUCAACAGUCAUGCUGGAAAUGACUAUCAGCUCUCUUACAUACCGGAUACUUGCCUUUCCUUAUCGAACAGGAUGAGUUUUCAAGACAGACUUUUCAAUGCGUUGACGAGUAUCAGAGGGUUGUACCACUACCACAACUCUCAACUUAGGUCGCUGGAGGCGAUGAUGAAGAAGGCAUUUCCAGAUCUCCCACCAAUCGCUGAGAUGGCAAGGAAUAUAUCGUUACACUUCGUCAAUGACCACGUCACUGCUGACUAUGCCCAGCCACGGCCACCCAAUGUUAUCGGUGUUGGAGGCAUACACAUAGAGCCUAAUAAACCUCUACCAAACGAAUUAAAAAAGUUCAUGGAUGAAGCACCAGCCGGUGUUAUAUUUUUCAGCCUGGGCACCUAUGUCAACGAUGAUAUAAAACCAAAAGAAUACUUUGAUAUGUACAUCAAUGUAUUCAAGCGAUUUAAAGAAAGGGUAAUCUGGAAGACGAGAAAGGGAGAUAUUGAAGGUCUUCCGCCAAACGUGUUAACUUUAAAGUGGGCACCUCAACCCGAUAUUUUAGCCCACCCUAACUGUGUGCUGUUCAUCACUCACGGGGGUCAAUUCAGCACACUUGAGGCAGUUCACUUCGGCGUUCCUGUCAUCGGUAUUCCUCAGUUUUUCGAUCAGCAUCGCAACGUCAGGUUCUUCGUAGAGCGAGAAGUCGGAGUUAAGGUUGCCAUCGACAACAUCUCAGAGAAGACGAUGAGUACAGCGAUAAGAGAAGUACUGGACAAUCCACGUUACAGGGACAACAUGAAGAGGUUGUCAGCGGUAUUCAGAGAUCGGCCUAUGUCUCCUGCGGAGUCUGUCGUGUUUUGGACGGAGUACGUGUUGAGACACGGCGGAGCUCCACAUUUGAGACCAGCCUCUACUGAACUGCGAUGGUAUCAGCUAUGGCCACUGGAUGUAGCUUUGUGUGUCUUAUUGGUACCAACGUUUUUAAUUACUUUUUUUGUAUUAUGCUACAAAAGGUUAACACAAAAAAGUGUUUCUAAAUUAAAAAAGCGAAACUAGUUUCCGUAAAUUUUAAUCUCAUCCUAUUUUCAACAAUUGAAUGAACAAAAUCCGUUUGUGAGUAAGGAGUAGGUAGGAGUAGGUGAUUAUACUAUAGUAAUAAACAUCGUAUGUACUUGUUGCAGUAUUUUCUUAAAAGUAUUUUAUCACAUUGUUUGUCUUGUUUUCCAAACACCAAAUAUCAUUCGGGAAGUAACAAACAUUUACUUCAUUACUUACAUCCUCAAAUGGGUACUGUAAGCACAGUAGCCUCAAAACUUGAAAAAAUAAAUUGCUUUUAAAGUAUAAUCAAGCUGA